CUGCCCUGUCUAAAACGUCACAUUGAUGCGCCAAAGGAGAUCGGUAACAAGCAUGGCCACCGGUGAGGAUGAGAAGAAACCUGUGCUGGAAGUGGUGCAGGCGGAGGGCGGGGAUGACUCCUGUGUGACGUUUGUGCUGCACGACGAGGACCACACUCUGGGCAAUGCCCUGCGCUACAUGGUCAUGAAAAACCCCGAAGUCGAGUUCUGUGGGUACAGCAUCACUCACCCCUCAGAGAGUAAGAUUAACUUCCGGAUCCAGACACGAGGUGAGUGCCUGUGUGCGUGUGUGCGUGCGUGUGUGAUCUCAGACUCCUGACGAGUGACACGGGGA